GUUCUUAUAUGCUCCAGGGAUGUGGAGGCAGUUUAUUCUUCCCUUGAUGAUUGGCCCCCUGUGAACUGAGAAGGACCUUCUGAAGGCUUGUAUAGGAGAGAAUACUUCAAGAAACCAGGCCUCUUCUAGAUUGAAAGUCAAGUGUUAUCUAAUGCAGCCUCAUUAGCCUUUUUAUUUUAAGAAGGUAAAGGAACAGGUAUUUUUGAUAAUCAUUAAGGGGACUACUUAGUCAGAGAAGUCCACUUUAGAAGAUGUCAAUGAAUAACUCUUCCAACGUAUUCCUGGAUGCGUCCCCCAAUCAUCCAAAUCGCUUUCAAGUUAAUGUAAUUAAUGAGAGCCAUGAAAGCAUAGCAGCUGCUGAUGGCAAUCAUGACCCUCCACAUUAUGAAGAAACAUCCUUUGUUGAUGAAGCCCAGAACAGAUUGAGAAUCAGCUUCAGGCCUGGGAAUCAGGAGCGAUAUGACAAUUUCCUCCAAAAUGGAGAAACGGCUAAAACAGAUGCAAGUUUUCAUGCCUACGACUCUCAUACCAACACAUACUAUCUGCAAACCUUUGGCCAUAACACCAUGGAUGCAGUUCCCAAGAUUGACUACUAUCGUAACACUGGCAGCAUCAGUGGUGCCAAGAUGAACAGACCUAGCUUAUACGAGAUACACGAACAACUUGCCAAGAAUGUGGCAGUGACACCAGGCUCCGCUGACAGAGUCGCUAAUGGAGAUGGGAUGUCUGGUGAGGAACAAACUGAAUCCAAGGAGGAAGACCCUAAUGCAGGCACUGUGAAGUUUGGAUGGGUGAAAGGUGUGCUGGUGAGAUGUAUGCUGAACAUCUGGGGUGUGAUGCUUUUCAUUCGCCUCUCUUGGAUUGUCGGAGAAGCUGGAAUUGGUCUUGGAGUCAUCAUCAUUGGCCUAAGUGUGGUAGUGACAACAUUAACAGGUAUCUCUAUGUCUGCUAUUUGCACAAAUGGAGUAGUAAGAGGAGGUGGAGCCUACUAUCUCAUUUCUAGAAGUUUAGGGCCAGAAUUUGGUGGCUCCAUAGGUCUCAUCUUUGCUUUUGCCAAUGCAGUGGCUGUCGCCAUGUAUGUAGUAGGAUUCGCUGAGACGGUGGUUGAUCUUCUUGCGGAGAGCAACUCAAUGAUGGUGGAUAAAACCAACGACAUCAGAAUAAUAGGCUCCAUUACAGUGGUGAUUCUUUUAGGUAUUUCGGUCGCUGGAAUGGAAUGGGAAGCCAAGGCUCAAGUGAUACUUCUUGUUAUCCUUCUCAUUGCAAUUGCAAAUUUCUUCAUUGGAACUGUCAUUCCAUCCAACCAUGAGAAGAAAUCAAGGGGUUUUUUUAAUUACCAAGCAUCUAUCUUCGCUGAAAAUUUUGGACCAAGUUUCACAGAAGGAGAAGGCUUCUUCUCUGUCUUUGCAAUAUUUUUCCCAGCAGCUACAGGCAUUCUUGCUGGAGCUAAUAUCUCUGGAGAUCUAGAGGACCCACAAGAUGCUAUCCCCAGAGGAACAAUGCUGGCCAUUCUGAUCACCACAGUUGCCUACAUAGGGGUUGCUAUUUGUGUAGGGGCCUGUGUUGUCCGGGAUGCCACUGGAAAUGUGAAUGACACUAUCAUCUCUGGGAUGAGCUGCAAUGGCUCAGCAGCCUGUGGUCUGGGCUAUGAUUUCUCCAGAUGUUUAGGCCAAAAAUGUCCAUAUGGGCUGAUGAACAAUUUCCAGGUAAUGAGCAUGGUCUCAGGAUUUGGACCCUUAAUCACUGCUGGAAUCUUUUCUGCAACUCUCUCUUCUGCUCUGGCCUCUCUUGUCAGUGCACCAAAAGUUUUCCAGGCUCUUUGCAAGGACAACAUCUACAAAGCCCUUCAGUUUUUUGCAAAAGGAUAUGGGAAAAACAAUGAGCCUCUAAGAGGAUAUAUUCUCACAUUCAUUAUUGCCAUGGCAUUCAUUUUGAUUGCGGAACUGAACACCAUUGCUCCCAUCAUCUCCAACUUCUUCUUGGCUUCAUAUGCACUUAUUAACUUCUCCUGCUUUCAUGCAUCUUAUGCAAAAUCUCCAGGCUGGAGACCUGCCUAUGGAAUUUACAACAUGUGGGUAUCUCUUUUUGGAGCCAUAUUGUGCUGUGGAGUCAUGUUCGUCAUCAAUUGGUGGGCUGCUGUUAUCACUUAUGUUAUUGAGUUCUUCCUCUAUAUCUAUGUGACAUACAAAAAGCCAGAUGUGAACUGGGGCUCUUCUACACAAGCUCUUUCCUAUGUGAGUGCUUUAGACAAUGCUUUGGAAUUAACCACCGUAGAAGAUCAUGUGAAAAAUUUCAGACCCCAGUGUAUUGUUUUAACUGGUGGACCCAUGACAAGACCUGCCCUACUGGACAUAACACAUGCAUUUACCAAGAACAGUGGACUCUGCAUCUGCUGUGAAGUCUAUGUGGGACCGCGCAAGGAGUGUGUGAAAGAGAUGAACAGUGGCAUGGCAAAGAAGCAGGCCUGGCUUCUCAAGAACAAAAUUAAAGCUUUCUAUGCCGCAGUAGCAGCUGACUGCUUUAGGGAUGGUGUCAGAAGUCUCCUUCAGGCCUCGGGCUUGGGCAGAAUGAAACCAAACACUAUGGUGAUCGGAUUUAAAAAAAACUGGAGGAAAGCUCCCCCUGCAGAGAUCGAAAACUAUGUGGGAAUUAUACAUGAUGCCUUUGACUUCGAGAUUGGUGUGGUUAUUGUCAGAAUUAGCCAAGGAUUUGAUAUCUCUCAGGUUCUCCAGGUCCAAGAUGAGUUAGAAAAGUUAGAACAAGAGAGAUUGGCAUUAGAAGCUGCUAUUAAAGAUAACGAGUGUGAAGAAGGAGGUGGAGGUAUCCGCGGACUGUUCAAAAAGGCUGGAAAGUUGAAUAUCACCAAGCAAGUUCCCAAAAAAGACAGUGGUAUUAACACAAUCCAAUCAAUGCAUGUAGGGGAGUUCAACCAAAGACUGGUGGAAGCCAGCACUCAGUUUAAAAAAAAGCAAGGCAAAGGCACCAUUGAUGUUUGGUGGUUGUUUGAUGAUGGAGGGUUAACACUCCUAAUCCCUUAUAUCCUGACUCUCAGGAAAAAAUGGAAAGACUGCAAAUUGAGGAUAUAUGUUGGAGGCAAGAUAAAUCGUAUCGAAGAAGAAAAAAUAGCGAUGGCUGCGCUUUUGAGCAAAUUUAGGAUAAAAUUUGCAGACAUCCAUAUCAUUGGUGACAUCAAUAUUAAACCAAACAAAGAAAGCUGGAAAUUCUUUGAAGAGAUGAUUGAACCAUAUCGUCUCCAUGAAAGCUGCAAAGAUUUAACCACUGCUGAGAAAUUAAAAAGAGAAACACCAUGGAAAAUUACAGAUUCAGAACUAGAAGCGUUCAAGGAAAAGUGUUACCGUCAAGUCCGAUUGAAUGAACUCUUACAAGAACACUCACGAGCUGCUAAUCUCAUUGUUCUGAGUCUUCCAGUGGCUAGAAAAGCCACUAUAUCGGAUACAUUGUACAUGGCCUGGCUAGAAAUCCUCACAAAGAACCUCCCUCCUGUCUUGUUGGUUAGAGGAAAUCACAAAAAUGUCCUAACUUUCUAUUCUUAAUAUACAAAGGCUUCAAGUAUAAUUCAUUUUAAUGUGCAAAUGGAAAACUGUCAAGUACUUUGUCUACCAGAUCUGAUCUCAAGUGACUUCUAAAGAUCAUCAUUUUGGCUCAUAACCAACUCUGUCACCAUUUUUAAACUUACUAAUAAAACCAAAAUAAUGUAAACCUAUCUGUUAAAAGACUUACUAGCAUUGGGAGAAGCAGGACCUGCUUCCAGGCAAAUGCUAUCAGUGUUGCCUGUACAUAAAUAAGGAUGUGAGAGAAAGGCAUGUUUGCUUGUAUGUAUUUUGAAAACUACUAUGGCUCUAAAUUCCACUGGAAAAGGAAUCAAAUCUUCUCUUUCCCUGGUAUUUGCUUACUGGUCUAAAUAUAGUCUUCAAAAAACAUGUGUUAACUAACUGAUCUAGUAACUCAGGCUUAUAAAAUAUAAAUUUGGCAGGAACAAUGAUCAUUUGGAGCCUCCAGAGAGAUUUAUUUAACAAAGGUGGAUUAAAAAUCAGUCACUGAAAACUACUGAAAAAUUCCUUGUUAUUAAAUGUUCAAAGCAUUUGGUUAAAAUCAGCAAUUUAAUGUAAUUAUAGAUAUACUAUUAAUAUUCAGCUUGAAUUUACUGCCUACUUGAAAAUAUAUAUAACUGGAUUAUAUAAAUGCAUAUAUUUUAAUUAAACAAAUAAUGCGUGUUAUCCUUUGAAUAUAUGUUUUAAUUGACCUUUAUAAUAUUGUUUGAAGUUGCCAUUAUAGUACUACUUAUGUGGGAUUUCUUCUAAUUAAAUAGUUGGUACGUAGGAAAUAUUUAAAGUCUUUUAGUUGAAAAAUACAUGCCAUUGAUUUUCAAAUUGUCAUAUAUUUCCAUACAGAGAGAGAGAAUCACACUUUAAUUAUUUUAUGUGGUGAUGACCUGUGUUUAAAAGAAUAAUUAAUGAAAAGUUAAAUUAAGAAACAUUCAAGAUUUAGAAUAUAUAUUCAUUUUCUUUUUUUCCUUUUAUCUUUGAGACUUAUUUACCAAAACCAAUUAGAAAUAAAUUUUCCAAACGUUUUCCCCCAAAUGAAUGACUUGAUUUUUGUGACGAAUUUUGACUGCUUUUAACUGAUAUAUUAAAAAACGAACUUGAAAUAAAUAGAUCAAUUGUGACUGCCA